AUGAGGGAUAAGGCUACGAGCACCACCAUCCAAGAUGACUGUAAAGACGCGGUGCAGGCGUUUGUCAGCCGCCUCAGCACAGAGGAAAAGCUCCUUUUCCAGGCAACAGACACAUCGGAAAAACUGAUCAAUGACCUUGUCGAGGCCGACAAUAAACACAGCAAGGCCUCCGUGUCUCGCCGGAUCGCCCCGAGAAUCCAAUCAUUUGUCGCGGGUAUCGAUCGCUUCUCUGGCGCGAUAGAUGCCAUAGCGGGCUCCGUCUCGCUGAUGCAGCCGAUAUGGGGUGGCUGCAAGGUCGUGCUGCAGAUCGCAAAGGAUUACAGCGAGUACUUUGACAGACUGUCCGAGAUGUUUGAAGAGAUCGGGUACAAUCUCGGUCGUCUGCGUCGCUUUCCACGGCUGUACCCCGAUAACGACGUACUGACCGAGUCCAUGGUGGAUAUCUUCCAAGCUAUCCUGGAGUUCUGCAGCAAGGCCCGGGCAGUCUUUCGGCAGGGGAAGAAUGACCAGAGUUCAGGGAGAUUGUUCAGCACGAGUGCUGUCAGCUUCCGCGCGGCGUGGAAAGUGGUAUGGAAGCCAUUCACGGCGCAGUUUGGAGAUAUAAUGGAUCGGAUCAACACAUCAAUGUCACGCAUCGAGCAGGAGGUGGACCUGGCCGAGAAGGAGCUCGCUAGUGAAGGACGCGCCAAAGCAGAGGGCGAGCGCAAACUACAGGCCGCUCGCUGGGAUAAGUUGGAGUCGCGACAAAAGAGAGUCACAGAUUAUAUUGAUCAGCAGAAGGUUGCCCAGCUGAAUCAGUGGCUGUCUCCGGUCAAUGCUGCUGCGAAUCACAACUCGGCGACCAAGUUGCGCCAGGCCGGCACUGGUACUUGGUUUGUGGAUGGGCAGCCAUUCCAGGACUGGCUCUCAAGAGAUAACUCGUUUCUUUGGCUGCAUGCAAUCCCCGGCGCUGGAAAGACAAUUCUAGCAUCGACGGUAAUCGACUGGCUGCGUCAGCACAAGGAGGAUCAGGACACGGGCCUGGUGUACUUCUAUUGCGACUACAAGGAUAAGCAGAAGCAAUCCCCGACGACCAUUGUAUCGACCUUGUUGUCAAUGAUUGCGACGCGGAAUGAAGCAGUACUCGGUCGACUCGUUACUUUCUUCGAACAGCAGCACAAAGAGAACCCUGCGUACACCCCCGAAUUCGAUGAGUUAUUGAACAAUUUCAGUCACUUCGUGUCCGAUUCCUUCGAUCAGUUGUUCAUAGUCGUCGACGCGCUCGAUGAGACCGAGGACAGAGAGUGCGUGGCAUAUGCUUUUAGGAAAAUUGCAGAGACGUGCGAUUGUGCCAAGGUACUUGUGACGAGUCGCUAUGAGAUUGAUAUCGCGCGAACAUAUGAAGAGCUACCGAUUACCUCGAUUGAACCCGACGAUAUCGCUGGGGAUAUUGAGCUGUAUAUUCGAUCCGAAGUGGCUGCCAAGAUCAAGGCAAAGAAACUGAAACUGAGGGAUCCGAAGCUACAGGAGGUAAUUUGCGAGACGCUCAUCCAAGGAGCCCAUGGUAUGUUCCAGUGGGUAAAGUGCCAGAUCGAUCAGCUGUGCAAGCUGCGUAACGACCGGGCUUUACGAAAUGCGCUGGACGACCUGCCCAAGACCUUGCAUGACACGUACAUAAGGAUCCUGCGGCGGCUGGAGGCUGAACGUGCUGAUGAGGUACCUUCUGUGCAGCGCCUGCUCCGAUGGCUGGUGCGCGGGACGAGGAAUCUCACACUGGACGAAUUGGCCGAGUGCGUUAGCAUUGACCCGGACGGUGCUGAGGAUUCAUUCGAUUUUGAUGCCGUCUUCACGGACCCGGAGGAUGUCGUCGAGCUGUGUGGUAGCUUGGUCGUGAUAUCGCCAGAUGGUUAUGUUGCACUAGCCCAUUAUACCGUGAAGGAAUUCCUUGUCUCAGCGCAUAUCCAGGAGCUGAUGCCCCAUUUCUGGGUUGGAUGUGCGGAGGUGCAUACAGAGCUAGCCCGCGUCUGUCUCACCUACUUGUGCUAUGACGACUUUUCCACGAAUUAUGAUGAGCCGGGCGAUGAACUGCUGCAGCGCUUUGAGGAGUACAAGUUCUUGAAAUACGCGGUCCAGGGAUGGGGCGCCCAUGCGCAUCUCAGCGAAGGCGACGAGCAAGUAUUUGACUUGACGAUGCGGCUGUUCGAGUUGGAUGAGAAAGAGAACUAUGGCUUGUGGUGUCAUAUAUAUCGGCAUCUGCAUAAAGCGUCCGGACAACGGCCGACCAUACCUCGGUCGGAUGGGUCGCCUCUCUAUUUCGCCUCGCUCUUCGGACUGCCGAAAGUUGUGCUGACGCUGCUAGAAAACGACCCGGAUCUCGACAUGGUGGAACCGAUCAAGGCUGCAUCAUUUGCCGGACACUCGGAAGUGGUCAAAGUGAUUCUCGAACAUUGCAGCUCAAUAGAGCCGAAGGUUCUCGAGAAUUGUCUCUAUGUUGCUGCGUCUAACGGCCAUGAACAUGUGGCUAAGUUGCUCUUGCAGCAACAGGUAAACCCCAACGCAGCAGGUGGUAAACAAGGGACGCCUCUGCAAGUUGCUGCCCUCGAAGGCCGUCACCAGGUCAUUGCAACGCUCCUUGAAUACGGUGCCGACAAAAAUGUCACGAGCCAGAGAUACGGGUCGCCCCUUGCAGCUGCGGCCGAGAAAUCCCACAUGCGAACCGUACAGCUCCUUCUCGAUCACGGGGCAAAUGUGAAUAAACGCGGUGGAUGGUAUGGAUAUCCACUUACAUCCGCGAUUGUGGGCAAGAAUAUGCCAAUAGUCGACCUGCUGAUCGACAAGGGAGCGGAUCUCAAUGCCCUCGGUGGACGCCAUGGAUGUCCUUUAAUGGCUGCAGCAUCGAUGGGUAUGCUUGACUUGAUCCGUUCUCUUGUUGCACGUGGUGCCAAGGUCAACGAUGAAAACGACAAAGGAUCGGACAGUUUGUAUGCCGCGUGUAUCGCCGAGCGGCUGGACGCAGUCGAGCUUCUUCUGGAUCUUGGGGCCGACGUGAAUGCAAAGGGAGGCCGGCACCGCAAUGCUCUGAAUGCGGCCAGUGCCUCGGGGAACAUUGAGAUUGUCGAGCGUCUUCUUGCAGCAGGAGCAAACGUGGACUUCUUCGACGAGCACUAUGGCAAUAGCAUUCAGGUCGCCGCCGCCGCCGGAUAUAACGACGUGAUACGGAUUCUGGCGGAAGCUGGCGUGGACGUCAACGCGCCAGCUGGUGACCGAGGAACUGCGUUGAUAUCUGCUGCUCAGAGUGGACACACGGAGACCGUCCAACUUCUCUUUGAUUUGGGAGUCACAUCUGGUGAUACCGACGAAAUGACGAACGCGCUCAUGGUGGCUGCCCGUAAGGGAUACACGCCAGUGGUCGAAGUGCUUGUGGAGAUGGGAGCCGAUAUAGACGGCGUCAGUACCAUGGCAACAUACCCUAAGUGCACCGCACUAGAGGCUGCCGCAGUGAAAUCGCACGCCGAAACAGUACAAAGUCUCCUGGAUCUUGGAGCGGACGUCAACUACGAGAACAACGGCGAAUACGGAUGUGCCCUGAUAGCCGCCAUAUUUAGCGACAAAGACUAUUCCGAAGUCGUGAGCAUCUUGUUGGAUGCAGAUGCAGAUGUCAGCGCCACUGUAGAUGGCGGGGCUGAUGGCGGUGGCUGUCCUCUUGGGGCUGCAGUUUUCAAAAAAGACUAUGAUCUCUGUUCCGACCUCAUUGAUCGUGGUGCGGAGGUCAAUGUGACAAAUGAGUGGUUUUAUACUCCCUUGCAGCUUGCCGUCAUAGGUGAAGAUGAGCGGAUUGUGGACUUGCUGGUCGAUCAUGGCGCCGACGUCAAUCUCGCCAUUGAAUCAACAGAUAAAGAGGAUGACAACGGCAUCGUCACGGCGCUGCAGGUUGCGGCAAUGAAUGGCAGCGAGGACAUGGUGAGAAAACUGAUUGGCCUGGGCGCAAACCUCUCAGAUGACGUCGAGGACUCCAGGUUCAAGUCUGCCCUUCAAGUCGCCAGCUUCGAAGAUCAUCAGGAUGUCGUGCAGAUCUUGAUUGACGCAGGGAGUGAUGUCAACGAGAUAGGCGGCCUGUACGGAACGAGUCUACAAGCUGCAGCUUUCCAGGGCGCCAUCGAAGCAGCGAAAGCUCUACUCGAGGCCGGCGCCGAUGUCAAUAUUUCCGGUGUCGGAGAGAGGGGGAACGCGCUGAUCGCAGCCGCUUCCAAUAGCCACGAGGACAUGGUCAAGCUUUUGAUCGAGCAUGGGGCAGACGUCAAUGUGGCCGGAGGCGAAUCCUUCUACUAUGCACUCCACGCUGCGUCGAAUAAAGGAUGUGAUGAGAUUGUGCUGGCCUUGAUCGAGGCUGGGGCGGAUAUCAACGCCCAAGGAGGGAUGUACGGGACUGCAUUAAUAGCAGCGUGCGUCGAGGGACAUCUGGAUACUUGCCAACUUUUGCUCGAGCGAGGCGCCGAUCCGAAUAUUGUCUGUGGGCGUUAUGGAACCGCGCUGGCGGCGGCUUAUAAAAACGGGUACUAUGAGGUUCUCGACCUUUUGUACAGUCACGGGGCUUCUCAUACCCUCAAGGGUGGAGAGUUCGGAACACCCCUAGGAUCUGCUGUCAGGGGAUCCUGCGAAACGUUGGUCGAUGCUUGUAUUCGGCGCCACGGGGCAGAUCCAAAUCUACCCGUAGGAGAGUUCGGGUCUGCGCUCCAAUCCUGUAUCAUCCACAGAGGCGACGAUGCCUGGUUUAUUCUGCUUGAAGCUGGAGCGGACGCGAACGCUCGCAGUGGGGUUAGAGGAACACCGUUAAUUGCAGCCGCUUCCAUGGGCGAGCUCGAGAUUGCUAAGUUCCUACUGGACCAUUACGACGCAGGCGUCAACCUCGAAGGAAACGAUUACUACCCGACUGCCGUCCAUGGAGCAAUAGAAGGGGAUAGUAUGGACAUACUCAAACUGCUGGUCGAGAGGGGAGCCAAUGUCAAUGCGGCCAACUCACGUCUUGGGUCGCCUUUGGAAUUUGCUUGCAGCCUGGGUCGGGUCCAGAUGGUCCGUUAUCUGUUGAGACAUGGUGCUGAAAUUGACCCGAAAGCCAAAGGGCGGUAUGGAGACGUUCUGCAGGCCGCGGCAAUCAGUAGAUGGGGUGUCAUAGUCCGAUUCCUACUCAACCGCGGCGCAGACAUACACAAGAAGGGCGGGAAGCAUGGCUCUGCCCUCAUGGCGUCCGUCUUAAGUUGCAAUCUCUUUACCGUCGAGCUUCUCCUGAAACAAGGCGCUGAUGUGAAUGCCCGAGGGGGCGUGUACGGGUAUCCAUUGCAGGCGGCUGCAGCCAAGGGCUCGGAGUCCAGUCCAAUGAUCCUCCUGCUACUUCGAUAUGGAGCGGACAUUAACGCCAAGGGUGGAAAGUAUGGGACUGCCCUCCAAGCAGCGUGCGUUUCCGGGGACUAUGACCUGGUCCAGCUCCUCCUUGAGCGAGGCGCAGACGUAAAUGUCACCGCCGGCUUUUGCAGAAAUGCCCUCCAUGCGGCUGCUCUAUGGGGGAACGAUCAUAUCGUCGAGCUCUUGAUGAAGAGCGGGGCGCAAUGGAGUCUGGUUGAUCGCUCUCUGUCGCAUUUCGCACCGAGCACGCUCGACUUUGCGGAUGAGAUACUUGUGAAGGCGAGGGAAGAUCAGCGGAAUGGAUGGCCGGAGGACGAGGAGAGCGAGGAUGAAGACGAUGAAGACGAUGAGUCUGAGGAUGAGGAUGAGAGUGACUCAGAGGAUUUCCAGCUCAACGUCGAGUCAAUCCCGCUGUUCGACGAGCCAUAUCGGCCGGCCCAGGCUCGCGCUGUGCAUCAGGAUGAGAAUGGCGAGGCUUUGGCGAGCGCUGAUACCAAGGACUCUGGGAGCGAGGAUUGGACGGAAUUGGAGUGGCUGCAGAUUAAGGAUGGGGACUUGGACUAG